AACACUGUUGACUACAGCUCGCGAAGUGCCUGCUCUGAGCUCAAAAUGGGACUCGAAAAGGAAAAAUCGGAGACGAGUGUCAUUAUGGGGGAAGAUGAAUUCAGUAGAUCAAUUGAUCCUUUUCUUGCCAAAAAGGAGAAAGUCCUCUCGUCAGGUUCGGAUAGAGAUCCGCGUCAAAUUAACGAGCACUUAAAGGUUGGGUUUGACGAUGUCAUCGGUGAGCCAAGCACCACGCACAGUUUUGACAAAGUAUGGAUCGGAAGUCACGCUGUGUUUGAGCUGGUUAAAUAUGUCUUCUAUCGGUUGCUGACCACGCUGCUUGCUAUUCCAAUGUCUUUCGUAGCCGGAAUUCUGUUCGCGAUCCUCAGCUGUCUACAUAUUUGGAUCGCGAUGCCACUGGUACAAAGCUGUAUGAUGGCCUUACCCUCGGUCCGCACCGUCUGGAGGAGUUUGAUGGACACCUUCGUUGCUCCUCUCUUCCACAGCAUGGGCAGAUGUCUGUCUGCCAUUAGCAUCAAAACCACAUCCAACUGAGAUGAGGCAGGCCCACAGGAACACAGAACGCAACUUUGUUUUUUGUUUGUGACCAAAUCUGUUCUUUCCAUUCCUUUGUCUUGAUGCAGGAUGUUUUAUUUUGGUUUAACGAGGUCAGAUGUAAUUGCGAUUGCAAUCUUGUAGCAGCUGGAGAAAUUUUAUUUAUGUGCAGCACAAUACUGAAUAGCUUUUACUUCUUUGAUAUAUUCAUAUGGCUGAAAUAUGGGGUGUUUUGAAUAUGACAUGAAGUGCAUACAUUACCAAAUGUAAAUAAUAUAUCUGAAUGAAUAUUAUGCAGCAUAUUGCUUAGUACCUACAGGCCAGUUUUGAAGGUUAAGCUAUUUUCAUACUACUGUAUUGAACCUGUUCUUUAAAAAAUAUUAUUAAAACUGCAUUGCAAGGAUUUAAUUGAUGAAACCUGUUUUAAAGUGGUAUCAACUAUGAGGCUAAUGACUGAAAAGUAAUUUAAUGGAAGUAUUUUAUGUUAAAGAUUUGGGGGGUUUGGUAUAUUAUAUAUCAUAUAAUGUAUUGGGUGAAUAAUUUAUUAUUUAUGCUCUUUAGGCUCUGUCCAUCUUUCGCGACUACUCAUUUUCUAAAUGAAAGGUGGACCAACCAGAUCUUCUGCUUCCUAUCAAACUAAACAUCUCUCUUUGUUAUGUUAACUGGCCUUUCUCAUAUAAUAUUUGAGUUUUGCCAGAGCCUUGCUCUGUUGUAUUCUGAUGUUUUCGUUUUGCACAUGGCUACAGACUAGGGACUUGUCUCAAGAAUAUUGAACUGAACUGAAUAAUCCUAAAGUAUAGCAGAGAAAUUGUCUGUAAAAUAUUAAUUAUGAACCUACUGCUAUUGAAAAAGAAAUAUUGUUUAAGAACUGUACUGUAUAUUGUUAUGUAUAAGCCAGGUUAAUGAUUUUCAUAACAAUGUAUAAUCAACUGUGUUGAUAAAAGUUAAAAUUUUACAUGUUUCCAAUGAAUUUACUAGAAAAUGCCAUUGGCUAUGAAUAGGUACAUUGAUAUCCAUUGCUGUGCAAUCAGGAAGAUUUCUAACAGACAGGACGUUUUUGUGGAAUUAUGUAUUUGGACCUAAUGAUUAAUAUAUUGUCCCAGGUGGAAAUUUGCAGUGCAUUGUCUUUGCCAAAUAAAGGAUUCAUUUUAUCGA